CGCGCCCGGGCUGCGGGCUCCGCACGGCGGCGGGCUGGGUGCGCGGCGAGGCUGUCGCUGCGCUCCGCCCUGGCUGCAUUGCUGCGCUCCGGGUGCCCAGGGGAGCCACGCGCCGCGUGCGCCCCGUAACCGGCUGCCCGUGGGAGCGCCGUCCGCUGGCAUGGGCCCCGAGGGCGCCCCGGGCAGGGGCUCUGGGCUGAGGCGCUGAAAGUCGCCCUCCCGCCCGCGGGGCCCCGCGCCCGGCUUGCCCGCCAGCGGCCAUGGCCGUCCGGCCCGGCCUGUGGCCAGCGCUCCUGGGCAUAGUCCUCGCCGCCUGGCUCCGCGGUUCCGGUGCCCAGCAGAAUGCCACGGUGGCCAACCCGGUGCCCGGCGCCAACCCAGAACUGCUCCCCAACUUCCUGGUGGAGCCUGAGGACGUGUACAUCGUCAAGAACAAGCCGGUGCUGCUGGUGUGCAAGGCCGUGCCGGCCACGCAGAUCUUCUUCAAGUGCAACGGGGAGUGGGUGCGCCAGGUGGACCACGUGAUCGAGCGCAGCAUGGAGGGGAGCAGCGGCCUGCCCGCCAUGGAGGUCCGCAUCAACGUCUCAAGGCAGCAGGUGGAGAAGGUGUUCGGGCUGGAGGAGUACUGGUGCCAGUGCGUGGCCUGGAGCUCCUCGGGCACCACCAAGAGCCAGAAGGCCUACAUCCGAAUAGCUUAUCUGCGCAAGAACUUCGAGCAGGAGCCGCUGGCCAAGGAGGUGUCCCUGGAGCAGGGCAUCGUGCUGCCCUGCCGCCCGCCGGAGGGCAUCCCCCCGGCAGAGGUGGAGUGGCUGCGGAACGAGGACCUGGUGGACCCGACCCUGGACCCCAACGUGUACAUCACCCGGGAGCACAGCCUGGUGGUGCGGCAGGCGCGCCUCGCCGACACGGCCAACUACACCUGCGUGGCCAAGAACAUCGUGGCCCGGCGCCGCAGCGCCUCCGCCGCCGUCAUCGUCUACGUGAACGGUGGGUGGUCGACGUGGACCGAGUGGUCCGUCUGCAGCGCCAGCUGUGGGCGCGGCUGGCAGAAACGGAGCCGGAGCUGCACCAACCCGGCGCCUCUCAACGGGGGCGCCUUCUGUGAGGGGCAGAAUGUCCAGAAAACAGCCUGCGCCACCCUGUGCCCAGUGGACGGCAGCUGGAGCCCGUGGAGCAAGUGGUCGGCCUGCGGGCUGGACUGCACCCACUGGCGGAGCCGCGAGUGCUCUGACCCAGCACCCCGCAACGGAGGCGAGGAGUGCCGGGGCGCCGACCUGGACACCCGGAACUGCACCAGCGACCUCUGCGUGCACACUGCUUCUGGGCCAGAGGACGUGGCCCUCUACGUGGGCCUCGUCGCCGUGGCCGUGUGUCUCCUCCUGCUGUUGCUCGUCCUCGUCCUCGUGUAUUGCCGUAAGAAGGAAGGGCUGGACUCCGACGUGGCCGACUCCUCCAUCCUCACCUCCGGCUUCCAGCCCGUCAGCAUCAAGCCCAGCAAAGCAGACAAUCCCCACCUGCUCACCAUCCAGCCGGACCUCAGCACCACCACCACCACCUACCAGGGCAGCCUGUGUCCCCGGCAGGACGGGCCCAGCCCCAAGUUCCAGCUGACCAACGGGCACCUGCUCAGCCCGCUGAGUGGCGGCCGCCACACGCUGCACCACAGCUCGCCCACCUCAGAGGCCGAGGACUUUGUCUCCCGCCUGUCCACCCAGACCUACUUCCGCUCCCUGCCGCGAGGCAUCAGCAACAUGGCCUACGGGACCUUCAACUUCCUCGGGGGCCGGCUGAUGAUCCCUCAGACAGGGAUCAGCCUGCUCAUCCCCCCAGACGCCAUCCCCCGCGGGAAGAUCUACGAGGUCUACCUCACGCUGCACAAGCCGGAGGACGUGAGGUUGCCCCUAGCCGGCUGUCAGACCCUGCUGAGUCCCAUCGUUAGCUGCGGGCCCCCCGGAGUGCUGCUCACCCGGCCUGUCAUCCUCGCGAUGGACCACUGCGGGGAGCCUAGCCCCGAGAGCUGGAGCCUGCGCCUCAAGAAGCAGUCCUGCGAGGGCAGCUGGGAGGACGUGUUGCACCUGGGUGAGGAGGCGCCCUCCCACCUCUACUACUGCCAGCUGGAGUCCGGCACCUGCUACGUCUUCACCGAGCAGCUGGGCCGCUUUGCCCUCGUGGGAGAGGCCCUCAGCGUGGCCGCUGCCAAGCGCCUCAAGCUGCUGCUGUUUGCCCCCGUGGCCUGCACCUCCCUGGAGUACAACAUCCGCGUCUACUGCCUACAGGACACUCGAGAUGCCCUCAAGGAGGUGGUGCAGCUGGAGAAGCAGCUGGGCGGACAGCUGAUCCAGGAGCCUCGCGUCCUGCACUUGAAGGACAGUUACCACAACCUGCGCCUGUCCAUCCACGACGUGCCCAGCUCCCUGUGGAAGAGCAAGCUCCUCGUCAGCUACCAGGAGAUCCCCUUCUAUCACAUCUGGAACGGCACCCAGCAGUACCUGCACUGCACCUUCACCUUGGAGCGCGUCAGCCCCAGCACCAGCGACCUGGCCUGCAAGGUGUGGGUGUGGCAGGUGGAGGGCGACGGGCAGAGCUUCAACAUCAACUUCAACAUCACCAAGGACACAAGAUUCAUGGAGCUGCUGGCUCUGGAGAGUGAAGGGGGGGUCCCAGCCCUAGUGGGCCCCAGUGCCUUCAAGAUCCCCUUCCUCAUUCGGCAGAAGAUCAUUACCAGCCUGGACCCGCCCUGUAGCCGAGGGGCCGACUGGCGGACUCUGGCCCAGAAACUCCACCUGGACAGCCAUCUCAGCUUCUUUGCCUCCAAGCCCAGCCCCACAGCCAUGAUCCUCAACCUGUGGGAGGCAAGGCACUUCCCCAACGGCAAUCUCAGCCAGCUGGCUGCGGCAGUGGCCGGACUGGGCCAGCCGGACGGCGGCCUCUUCACAGUGUCGGAGGCCGAAUGCUGAGGCCAGCCAGGCCCCCAACACCCACACUCUCACCAGCUUUGGGGCCUACCAGGGACAGGCAGAAGCCGGACAGGGCCUCCCCCACACCAGGGAGCUGUGUGGACAGGCCCCUCCUGGUGAACGCUGUCUCUGCACACUGGCCCUUCAGACCUGCCCACGCUCCCGCCCCUCCAGGGCCUGCCAGGCCAGGCCGGCACUGCCCCCUGCCCCCGGGGUUCACGCUGGACAGUGCCAAAGCCAGCCCAGGCCCAGCCCCUGUGUGUGUGUGUGUGUAUGUGUGUGGUGCUACCUCUCCCCCCGCCCCGGCCGGGGACCGCGCACGCACAGCAUGUGUGCACACACCGGGCUUGGAGCGCCCUGGAGCUCCUGCCUGAGCUGGACCUUAUGCAAACAUUCCUGUGCCUGCUGGGUAGGGGCACGUCUGAGGGGCCCGGCUCCAAGCCUGUGGGACUGAGGGCCACAGCCGGAUGGGGGGCGGCCCCUGGAUUCAGGCACACGACCCCCACACGGGCAUGUGCCCACGCAUGUCUCGUGUGUCAUGUCACCGGCUUCCCCCUCCCCGGCACACAUGUCAUGCUGUACACCUGGAGGCCACUCGCCUCUCUCACGCCCAGUGUCAGUCCACAUCUGCCUCUCACAUGCUGCCCUUCUCCCACCCACCCAGGGACACCCAAGGCUCCUCCCUGGCCCUCCCCCUCCCCCACCAAGAGGAGCCCUGCCCGACGGGGCGUGUGAAUAUGCAACGGGAGUCCUGGGCUGGACAAUGGCGAGUGUGCGUCCGUGGCGUGCCCGCUCCGGGGCCUGUCGUGUGAAGCUCGUGCCCUGACUCUGUCUUAAGUGCAUUCACGCACUUACACUUGGCCUUAUGUACACAGCCUUGCCCGGCCGCCGGGGCGCGUAGGGAUUUUAGCGGACGUGAAUGUAAAUAAAUUAUAUAUAUAUUGCUAA